AUGACGUCACCUGCUAGCUUCGAUUUUCUGAGGCUCAACGAUGCGCAACGGCUGGCCGUCUACCAUCAUUUGGGCUUUUGGGCAAAGCGCGAGCUUCGGCGCGUUGCGAAGGGUGCGGAUUGUGCCCGUUCGGAUGUCCGAAUAAUUGACUACACGUUCUGCCCAAACGCUCUGCUAAUCGCAGUGGCCAACCCCGCGAAACACCUCGGAAUGGAAUACAAAGACGAUACCGGCGCGCCGGCGUCGCCUGCCAAGAACCAGUACAACACCACCACGAUGAUCACAUCCCAAGCAGCUCAGCUCGAUUUUUUGAAUCGACUGACUGCUGCGAUGCCCCCUUGUGAAGUCAAUUUCGUUUGUAACCCGUGUCAUAUUGUGGACAGCGGUUGCAUCCGCUAUAAGCUUGAUAUCUGCCGCUGGCCGAUCAAUGCUCUACAUCAAUGUUUGGCCCGCGAUGCGCCGCUGAUUGUGAAGCUCCGUGAAGCACGCAAAACUACCAGCAGACAUAAUUCGGCUGUGGAGAUUUACUUGCCGGAUACGCCGAAAACUGGGGGACCGACAGACCCGGCGUGCUUUCAGCAGAUUUUCGAGCAGUACCCACCCAUCAACAAUGCUCCUCGUCUUACCUUGAUCGACUUUAAUAUUACGUUUUACUAUGGUGAUCAGCUCGACCAUGAACUUCCGGAGCAGCUGCGAGCCUUUCUGACAACGCAGCUUGGCCCUGACGACAGCGUGGAGCUCCUCUACCACACCGAUAUGAUUAAAGGUUCGGAGAAUGCGGGACGCCACCGGAUGGACUUUUGGCUCCUAGUACUCGCUCAGAACGGAGCGCGCUGGACCGAUGAAGUGCUGGAAAGAAAACGUUUUCCUAUCCGCUUUGGGCUGAACUGGGUCCGGGAAUGGUCGGCGAAAGGAGCUCGACGCGAA